AUGGAGGGACCAGCUAAACGAAGACGUGUUUACUCGCUUGAACCAAACAAAGUAGUACAAGCAAAGUUUACUAGAAAUUACGUGAACUAUUUAGUUCCAGCUUUGACGAAGAUCAAGGAAAGGGGUCUUCCAGAACAAAAAAACCAUUGUGAGUUUCAGAAUGUUGUCAAGUAUGAAGUAGACAAGGCUAUGGUCUUCUCAGCCCAAGGUUUUGCAUGGAGUAAUGCUCUAAAAAUCAAGCUUCAAAGGGAAAGAGUCAAUGUAGAUAGUAGCACCAGCUUUGGUGAAAAUGAAAUGGUUCCACUUGAUUUCUCUUCAAGCCCUAGUUCAGAGUCUCAGUCUAAGAUUUCAGUGAACAAGUCUAAACACAAUGACAUGGCAGAGAUGAAAAAGGAUUUAAAUGGUCAAGAUGAUGAAGAUGAGGUCAUCAAUGACAAGUUGAGAAGCCUAAGAAAGUUGAUACCCGGUGGAGAUGAAAUUUGUAAUGAACAAAUGGUCGAAGAAUUAGAGAGCUAUAUAAGCUGUUUGCAAAUGCAGGUGAACAUUCUUCAGUGCCUCUCAGAGACAAGUUGA